UGCGAGAACAUGCCUCCCACCAAGGAUCUCCUUCACCCCUCUCCAGAAGAGAAGAGGAAACACAAGAAACAGCACCCAGUGCAGAGCCCCAAUUUCUACUUCAUGGAUGUGAAAUGCCCAGGAGGCUAUAAAAUCACCACGGUCUUUAGCCAUGCACAAACGGUAGUGUUUUUAUGCCUGUCUCCACAAACACUCCUCUGCCAGCCUACAGGAGGAAAAGCAAGGCUUACAGAAGGAUGUUCGUUCAGGAGGAAGCAGCACUAACAGCAGCCUGAU